AUGAAUACCUUCAAUUUGACAAACUUAUUUCCACCGAAUAUAAGACAAAUUUAUCGCUAUGUUGUGGGAAUUUUUAUUCCGACACACGCAACUGGAUUAAUAUUAAAUAUACUUCUACUCAAACUGCUAUCUACAAACAAAAUAUUCCAAAAGACUACCUAUCGCUUGAUUCGAAUGUCAGUUAUAUCAGAUACUAUCUCGGCAAGUACAGCCUUGAUCAUGUUUAUUAUGAUAACCUUUGGUAAUUUAGAUUUCGUCGCUGGUUCCAAUCUAUGUCGUAUUGGUUUAACGAUUUUACUUACAUCAUACGCGGUUUCCAUGAUGAAUUUAGCAUUGAUCGCUGUGGAUCGCUAUUUUGUUAUUAUAAGACCAUUCUCGCCAUUUUACCGAAAUCACAAACGAAGAUUUCUGAUUACAACUGAGAUUCUCAUUUGGUUGGUAUCAAUAUCUGCAGCAUCACCAAUGUCAUUGUAUAUGUCUUCGUAUCCAGAUUUUCCUACAACAUGUGAUUUUCCAGUAAUGGGCGUUAAUGAAUCAGUAUAUCUGUUGCAUUGGUCAUUUAUUUCAUAUGCAAUCCCUACUGCAACGAUUGCCAUGUCUUAUGCAAAAGUUGCAAUCUAUCAAAAGAAUUAUGUUCGACCUGGCAUUCGGACAUCAGAGCAGCUCCAUGAAGACUUUACAAAGAGAAGAAAAUUUAUUAAAGUUCUGAUUUAUAUAACCUCAUGUUAUAUACUUCUAAGCCUACCUUAUUUUGUAUGCAGCAUCAUAGCUUCAAUAAUUCAAAAAUCCGUAGUUUACCUUUCACCUGAUAACGUUAAUUUGUUUAUAGCGGGCUAUUUUAUAAGUGGCCUCGUCCUAUCGAUACAUUUUCUGAAUCCACUCAUUUACGUGACAUUUGAUAAACAAAUCAGGGCUGGAAUAAUAUCUGAAGUUAAAAAUCUAUUCCAUUCUAGUAUGUAA